AUUCCACAAUCUAGAAUUUUCUCUAGCUCCCCCACAACCGUUCCAUUGCAGGGUAAGUAGACUAGACUGCAUCCUGCAUUAACAAAGCCAUUAACCAUCUGCAGAACUGAACUCAGCGGCUGCUGCUGCUGCUGCUGGCAAGUGACCAGCUGGUUCUGCAACUCAGUGCGGCAAAGUCAGAGGCAGGUUAAGAGAAGCAGAAUUAGGAGAGGGAUAGGAAAGAGGCAUGGGGGGAGGCACUGGGGAAUGCUGGGGAUAGAACACCGAAAUGGGCUCUGUGUGUGUUUAUGCACUUACAGAUUAUUCACAUAAAUAGCAGAAGCUUCCCAGGGGGGCCUGGUGCCCUUUGGCAGGACUGAGAAGGCAUCCACACUGCCAGCAACAGCCGUGACUCUUCUGCAGGAGAGGAGCGUCUAGGCUCUGAAGAGCCCACGCCAUGCAGUUGAUGGAGGCACUGAAUGUAGCAGCCACCGCCAUUCCUUCUCUCCCAGAGUCAGGGCUGGAGGCCCAGAGAGGCCCCUGACAGAGCUGGGGAGGGAGAGUUAUGAAGGAAGAGAGGGAAGUGGCCAGGGCAGCGCUGAGCCCAGCGUAGCUUCCCCAGUAGCCAGCCAGGAACCUCUCUUGCCUGGGUGGGUAUUUGCACAGCUCCUUCUCUCAGGCAGCCUGGCGGCCCUGCAGGAAGCUGCACCUAUGUCUGGGGAAGGAGAGAGAGCCUACAUCCCAGAUGAUUCCGACUUCAACACUUUCCGGGACCAGUGUGAAAGCCAGGAAGGCUGGAGCAGCCGGUAUAACAAGGGAGGAGUGGCAGUGUGGACCCAAAUGCAGCCGGAGAGCAAGACUGUCCAGAAAAUCAAGGUAAGGGGGUGGCAUUCAGCUAUGGCUUACUCAGAGUAGACCCAUUGGAAUUAAUGAACACGACAGUCAUUCCAGAGGCUCUGCUCUGAGUAAAACUUACUUGAAUGCCACCCAGGGGCCCCUGCCUGGGCUUGGGAAUCAUGGGUGGUGAUGUGGCACUGCCCACCCCCUUCUGCCCCCUCUGAUUUGCCCAGGAGCCUCUUCUCCUGCUCCUGCCCCAUGAAUGCUGGACUCCAAAACAAAGCUUUGCUCCAAAACAAGCAUCCCUCUUGCUGCGCUCAGUUCUCAAAUUAAUCCAGGCUGCAGAAUGUGCAAUGCUGCAAUUCAGCUAGAAUGUUAGAGGUCCCGGAAGAUCCUUUGGGCUCUCACAUUCCCUUUUCCUCAUCCUCUUCUCCCCUUUCUUUUUUUCUGUGAGGGAUCUCUGCUGUUUCAGCCUCCGAGCACAUUUUACAGACAGAAAUAUCCCUGUUCAGGUAUCUUGGACAUGAAUUGAGAUAGAUCUAGGGGAAGAUAAGGCUGUGUUUUUGAGUGUCCUGCCCAGACGUAAGGGAAUUGAACACUGUAUAUGGAUUUGAUAGCAGAUAAAGACACAAGCUUUUGAGUUGUGGUUAGCCCUCAGAAAGAGGCUGAUUCAGUUUUCACUCACUGGCUCCACACAUUGUUUUCUUGUGCUCACAUAUUGACAUUGAGGUGCUGCUUAUUCCAUAUCUAAAAGGCCUGGGAUCAAUACAAUGGAACCUGGUUUACUUGUGUACACGAAGAUUCUUUAUUUAACCAACGGUUAGUUGUGAUUUACAUGUUUACUAAAAAAAAAAAAGUCACACUGUGCUUAGCGGAGUUUAUUUAUUUUCAAUAAGUGUGUCUAGAAUUUCUAAGCAGAAUGUUCAAAGUGAUUCCUGUGACUUUAAUGUUUGUAUGGCUGAGAGAAAGUUCUGAGAUAAUGGCUUCUUUUCUCAUGCCUUACUGGGCUGGGCAGAGUGUAGAUGGCAGGCAGGGAGAUUGAUGGUGAAAUCAGUGCUGCUUAUUCGUGGAGGUUUUCACACUGUUCACAUGAUAUAAUGGUCAUCAAAAUUCCAGCCUAUCAGUGGCAUGUAUGUGCUCCAGAGGGGCCCUGGCCCCAUGUGCAGACUUUAGAGGGAUCACGAAGCAGGUGCCCUCAGCAGAUGCCCCCAGCCUGGCCCAGAGCUUUUCUUCUGGCAUUGGAGGAACCAGCACUCACGGAGAGGAGCACUAGGGGGCGCCUGCGUGGGGCACCUGCUUUGUGCCCACCAAGUGCUGUCAGCUGGCCAGGCUCCCCCCCCCCCCCAUGUGGGUGGGCCGGCACCAACUCUCCCGGUCCAGGAAUAGCCAUAGCUCUCGAACCAGCCACGGUUGGUGGAAGGCCCUUCUAGAGGGUAUACAUGCUUCUGAAAUAUUCCUCUGCUGGACUAAAUAAUUCCUGUGUAGAGACAUUUAAUCUUCAAACAAGGGAGAUUGGGCAUCUGGAUGUCUCAUUUCCAAACAGUGAAAGCCCCCAGCCCACCCCAGCCCACCAUGUGUGCGUGGAUUGCUGGUGGAAUAAUAUGAGCUCUUCUGUACAUGAAUACCAAGAUGAAAAUAAGGACAAAAAAGAGAAAAGGCAGUAUAAAAAAGGGAUAGCGCUUUUCAUUCGGCAUCUGGCUAGUAUUUAAUUAAAAAUGAGAACAGGAUAAUGAGCAGCAGAUACCAUCUUGCUAAUCUUAGUCCAUUGCAUUCAUUGAACUGAGCUGAGAUAGAUGCAGAUAGAUAGAUCCGUGAAGUACCAACUGCCUGAGGCACUUAAUCCUACAGACAGCUUUAGUUACAGGUGUCGUCAUGACUUUGGUUACCACUAAUCUGAGGUGGAUCUAAACAUAGGGGGGUAAACGCUAUAAAUAAGCCAGAUCAGAACAAAAGAAAAGAAAUCUCUAUGGGAAAUCGUGUUUUAAAAUUUCCUGCUCUCUGGCGCCAUCUGGUGUUGCAUGUUUAUAGCACAUUCAAAUGGCUGUUUCUUUAAUAAUGUAGCUGAGUCCUCGGUCUCUAGUUCAGGGCGGAAGCCACCUGCAGACUUAAGAGAUCUGGAAUUGUUUUCUCAGGCUGGAUCUAGACACAUCAAAAAAGUGUUUCAGGAAAACGCAUUGUAAACUUCAUAAAGGGAAAUUACAGUGGCGAAAGAUGGAACUCCACAGCACCAUCUGUUGUCACAGUGUUAAAAUGCAUAUAAAGCGCUUUUUCUUUACUAAUGUAGUUGAAUGCUCAGUGGCAAGUAUCUGGUUGCCUCCACCAGACAUUGGGUGGAGAAUUUCCAUGUUUCUUUCACUCCCUUUUUGCAGGGUUUCACCACCAUGCCAUCAUCCAGUCAUGGUCACCUUGUAUUCAAAGGCCUAUCCAUUGAAGCAGAACCUGAACCACUUUUGAGGAGGGCUGACCCCUCGUGGGUCCUUGCUCUGUAUAUGAAAUGCUUUGAGCACUCCCAAGUGUCUCAACAUUAUUCUCUACCUGCAGGAUUAAUGGGUGGCAGAGGAGUGGGGCCCCGUCAGGACGUUGCCCCCAACCCCCAGUCACUUUCCGAGGGUGUUGUGUGCUGACUAUGGAAAUUUGCCCCUUUUCGAGCUCCCUGAUUGGUGGAGGGAAUAGAUGGGCUUCUUUGAACGACAACAUUUAAACAUGUGGAGAUGAAGAGAGGGGACGGAUGCCCCCCAAAUUCCAAUGCCUGGAUGAUGUGUUCACGAUGCAGACCCUCAAGGAGCGGCUGAGGAAUUUCCUCUCAGGCCAGCUGCCUCUCUCCUGGAGCACCCUUUGGGAUUCUCCGUCUCCUUGGGAACUAGAAGCUCAGAGCUGCGUUGUGCAAGAAAGACCUUAAAAAAGCCAGGGAGGCCCAGGCCAGGACACUUGCACCACCACCAAACAACCUGAGAGGACUAUGUGGCUCUACAGUUUAUACUGUUCAUUUGUUUUAGUGUUUGAAACUGGUAAACCACCCUGGGUUCCUAAUGGGGAAGGUGGUAUAUAAUUGCAGGAAGCAAAGACGUCGGACGCAGGGGCCAUUGCAUUGCACCUCACAACUGAGAGUAAAACCUUUGGGAUUGUGAGAGGUUAUAUGUUCAACACCAGCAGAUGCUAAACAAAAUACUGUAUUUUUCGCUCUAUAAGACACACUUUUUCCCCUCCAAAAAUUAAGGGGAAAUGUGUGUGCGUCUGAUGGAGCGAAUGCAGGCUCCAUGGCUUCGCGUUGCUUCCGCUGAAGCCAGGAGAGCAAGACUCUCCUGGCUUCAGGGAUAGCCGCCCGAAGCCUCCAGAGGCUUUCACUGAAGCCUGGAGAGUGAGAGGGGUCGGUGCGCACCAAUCCCUCUUGCUCUCCUGGCUUUGCUUUGCUGGAAAGGCGCUGCGCAGCUUUCCCUCUCUGCACAGCACCCCUUUAGCGAAGCGGGAGGAGAAAUGGAAGGGGCUCCGUUUCUCCUGCCGCUUCGUUGGAGGGGCGCUGCACAGAGAGGGAGAGAAAAAAAUUUUCUUGUUCUCCCCCUUUAAAACUAGGUGCGUGUUAUGGUCGGGUGUGUCCUAUAGAGCAAAAAAUACGGUAAACGAAAUCCACUUAUAUUAAUAAAUCACACAAAAUAUUCACAUAGCUGCCAUUUUACUGAUUUUGCAUAAUCUUUAAAGUUUCAGAAUCCAGGUGUUCUUGGCACAUAAUUGACCUCUCCCCAAGUUAUCUGCUUCUGUUCCAAAUGGACUGCUGCUCCACACAUUUGCUUGUGGUGGAUUGUUUGAGCUAAGCCAACUGAAUAGAAAAGCUUGGUCUAAGUGCACUUGACCUUGUUUUGGGUUAAGGCGUCUCAUUACAGAAGAUCUGACUAAUAACACAGUGAUGGAAUCUGAAGAGCCACGUGAUGCAGCUCUUGCUGGCUUGUACCAGCUCAGACUGAAGCUUAGGUAACGCUCAACUCCCUGUAUGCAGAAAAUUAACGUGUAAAGUAAAAGGAAGGCUCAGUCACACUCACUUUUUGCCUCAUUCUUUCCAGGAACAGAUUUGUGCUUAAAAGCUCCAUUCAAACAUGUUUCUUUUGUUUGUUGCUACUUCUCUGGAGCUUUUCCUGUGAAAACCCACUCCUUAAUAGCCAGUCAGGACAAACAUCCAUUCAGGUUUUUAGUGGUUUGCUCUGAUAGAGCUUUAAAGAGCAAGUUUUUGUGAGGAAAAAUCUGGAGUAAAUAAAGGAGCUUUAAAGUGCAGACCGUGCCUGGAAAAAAGCACGGGAUGUGAAGUUUAGCUUGUUUUAUUACAAUUUCCCUCUCACUUGCCCAGCCUCUGCCCUACCCCUUGGUAAAAUGUUUUGCCUCAGAGUCUGAUGACACAGCUGCUGUGCUAGCAGGUUUUCAGUGCAUGAUCACACAAAUUCCUUGCCACACAGAUGCGUAUCGUCUGCCGUGAUGUGCCUCCAGAGACGCUCUAUGAUGUUCUACAUGACACCAGUUACCGCAAGAAGUGGGACUCCAACAUGAUUGAGACCCAUGACAUUGGGCGCCUGACUGUCAACGCAGAUGUUGGAUAUUACUCCUGUGAGCAACCUUGCUUCUUGCACUUGACGGGCUUGGAACCCCUGACAGAUUAUGUGGCUUCCUAGAAGAAAGCACUUCUUGUGCCUCUAAACUACGUCCCCAUCUGUGCCCAGAGGGGCUGCUGGGCUUGGGGCUGGUGUAUCUUGAGAAUGCCAUUGGAUUACUCCGCUGCAAUCCUAGACCCACUUACCUGAGAGUAAUUCAGGACUUCUUUCUGAGCAGCCAUGGGUAGCACUGCACUGAAACCCUUAGUCCUGAGCUUCUUGCAUCCCCCAAAACAAAACAAAAAACUCAGCUGUAGCUGGAUGACCACCUAUCAGGGGUGCUGUAACAGUGGGUUUCCUGAGGUCCCUUCCAGCUGAAUGGUUUUCUGAGCAGAACGCCACAUUCUACAUUCUGCCAUGCACAUUAAAUAAAAUGAAUAUUUGCUCAACUAAGGUCUGCCCGAAACAUGGCAUGCAAACAUGGCUUUCCUUUUUCUUUUAAUGUGGGGUUCUGAAUGGGCAUUGGGGAAUGAAUGGCAGAGGUAGAACUAGCAGUGAAUACUUUGCUGCUCAGGUCAGGAAAACAUUUAGCAAGGACAGAUAGAUCCAGGGACACACACGGGAGCUGCUUCAUUAAUGCUUGGUAUUUAUAUAGUGCUAUUCAAAACGCAUCUCUGUAGGCCGGUGUUAUGUCCCCAGAACAGAAUGGGGGUGAACCAUGUUCUCUAGGCAACGUCUCUAGUGAGGCAUUAUUUCCUCCUGGGGUUUUUAAUGUCAGUAUGUUCUUGCUAACCGUGUUUCUUCUCUUGCAGGGAGGUGCCCAAGUCCUCUGAAGAAUAGGGACUUUGUUACCUUGCGCUCCUGGCUGCCCCUUGGCCACGACUACAUGAUCAUCAACUACAGCGUCAAACAUCCGGUGAGCUCCUUGCAGCUGAUCCUUGGGUGGUGCUUGCGGUCCUGCCUUGCAGUUCAGAAUGGGAAGCAGGGAUGGGUGCCAUCCCUGGCUUGGUACCCUGCUGGCAAGGAAGAGGAAGGGGUAUAGAGCAAGGGGUUUCCCCACAUCCCAUCUCUUCUCUUCCUUUGCUCAUGCAGAGACACAGAAUUCCUUCUCCCUCAACCCCCUUCUCUCAGCCAGGCCAGUUUCUCAACCCCCUUGCCUCAUUUGUAAUCCUUUAAGCCCCAUUAAAAGCAUGCCUUUACUCAAAGGAACCUAGGAAGUUGCCGUCUACAGAGUCAGACCAUUGCUCUAUCUGGCUGAGUAGCUGGCAUGGGGUUUCAGAGACAGACAAGUCUCUUCCAGACCUACCUGGAGGUUGAACCUUGGGCCUCCUGAAUACAAAGCAUGUGUUCUAGCACUGAGCCAUGGCCUUACACCAAGUCAAGGGGAUCAUUUCUAGCUGCCAUGCAGCAAGAAUAUCUCACUCACCUCUUCCUGAGUUGGCCACUGUGGGGAACUGGCAGCCUCUUCAGUGGGGUUGCUGCUGCUGCUUCUCAGCUUGGCUCUCUACCAGUUUCUUCCUUUCCCUCCUUCGCUCCCUCCAUGGGCCCUGCUCCUACACCUGAGGGCCCUUAGUGCAUAUGCAUCUGUUUCCACAAAGGGCUUAUUGUGUGAUUCAGUGCCUUCACGAGUUCCCCUUCAAGCGGACACUCAUGUCGGUGACUGCAUGUAUGAACCAAGCCUUAAACUGUGGGGUCUCUCUGCAGAAGUACCCACCCCGAAAGGACUGCGUGAGGGCCGUAUCCCUGCAGACGGGCUACUUGAUCAAGGCAACGGACAAGAGUGGCUGCAUUCUUUACUACCUCACCCAAGUAGACCCUCGAGGUAAGCAUCUUUACACGCAGGUUGUGGCUGGGAAAAGACAAAGCCUGAGAGAGGGGAGGGGAAUUGUUCCAGGCAGUGCCCAAGUCAGUGUUGAGGGUUCAGGGUGAUAAAUAAAGGGGAGAUUUCCUAAGGCACAGGUAGGAACCAUUUUUGGCCAGAUUGCAACCAUCUGAGGUUGUUAUGACAUCACUUGUGAGUCGAAGCCCUUGGCACCAUGUUUCCUGAGUGCCUGGCAGGGAGGCAGUGUGCAGAAGGGGGGCUUUAACCCUGCUCUCUGCAGGGAUUGGCUGUGUGAUCGAAUUCCACAUGGAGGACCUGCUCACUCAGCCGAUCCUGCGGGACUGAACUCGCUGUCAUCGGUUGAACUUGAUUGUGCAGGCAAUUCAGCCAUGUCUCUACCUGCACCAUAUCUCUGGUGUGGGGCUGGUGGGUGUGCUUUGGGGAGAGAAGCCUUGCAGGAUAGCAAAGGAUAGUCAAAGGACCCACAGCGAUGGGUGAUGCACCUGUCCCAUGGGGCACAAUAGACUGGGCUCUUCUCUGUGUAGGAAUGGUGGGAAAACACAGCAGUUAUCAUGGCAGAAAUACUUGUGUGCAACAGCUUUUGGUAACGAGUGGCUCUGGUUUGCUUUUAGGUUCAUUACCAAAGUGGGUGGUGAAUAAAGCGUCUCAGUACGUGGCACCAAAGGUAAGUUGGAGUUGUGUAGGCACAUCCACGUGGCAGGAUGGCUGUGACUGAAGCAAGUUGCUAAGCAGGCUUGGUAGGGGGGAAAAUAACUGUCCAUAUUGGGACACUGUCAAAAAGUGUAGCUCUGCACAGCUGGAAUAUGGAAGAGCUGUGCUCUGGGUGACACCUCUGCAGUUUUUAGGGCAGCUACUGCCAAACAAGGGUGGUCCAGGAUGUUUUGCCACUUAAGGCAAACCCCACACACACACACACACACACCAUGGGCACUCCCUGCCAGUGCCAUGGGCCCAUCACCGCCUCCUCCUCCACAGGCACCCCCCACUGCCACUCCCAUCGCGGUGCAAGUGUGGUGGAGCCCAUGGCAGCAUCAUGCCCACAGAGGAGGCAGAGGCAGGGGGCGGCGGGGGGGGGCGCUUAUGGGAAAUGUGAUGCUGUUGUGGAGGAGGUGGCAGUAAGAGGCACAUUCCUCAGGCUCAGAUCUGCUACCCAAGGCCACCUCCUUACUGCACCUCAUGGGCAUGCCAGCCCUUCAACCAAACUGUUUUCUAGGGGACAUUAAAGGUAAAGGUAAAGGGACCCCUGACCAUUAGGUCCAGUCGUGACCGACUCUGGGGUUGUGGCGCUCAUCUUGCUUUAUUGGCCAAGGAAGCCGGCGUACAGCUUUCGGGUCAUGUGGCCAGCAGGACUAAGCCGCUUCUGGUGAACCAGAGCAGCGGGAAACUCUGCCAUGACUGAAUUCUAUUUUAUUUUGAUUUUAUAUACUGUGAUCUUUUUAUGUGAAGCGCCCUGAGACCUCCGGGUAUAGAGUGGUAUAUAAAUUACUAGUAGUAGUAGUAGUAGUAGUAGUAGUAGUACUAUUAUUAUCAUUAUCAUUAUCAUUAUCAUUAUCAUUAUUAUUGUUAUAUGAGCCAAAGAGACCUGAUGCUCACAGAGGUCAUCUACUGUACCUCUGUCUCAGCCCUGAGCCUGCUGCCUCUGUCUGCUCAUGUAAAAGUGGGUCUUUGCUUUCAGUUCAGAAACACAAUGCGCAUCAGCAACCAGAUUUUUGGCUAGUACCAACUUACUCUCCUUUUACAGGCUAUGAAGACGAUCUAUAAGGCAGGGCUGAAGUACCCAGAGUGGAAACGGAAGCAUGACCCUGGCUUUAAGCCUUGGUUGUACCCAGAACAGAACACAUUGCCCAGCAUUAGCCUAGCUGAGCUCUCCCUGCAGCAUUCUGACUCCUUGGAGAACAUCGACGAGAGCGGUCUGUCUGAAGCCAAGGUGAGCCUCAGUGACGAUGAGGCUUGAGGACAGGAUCUGGAUGCACAGCUCAUCGCCGUCCUGUGGGCUGGAUGAGGCCUUCCACCAUCCAGAACACAGCAGCUCUCACAGAGCCACCCAGCGCCCGCCCACCCAACAGAACACAAAGCUCCCUGCCCUCCAACUCCCCACUUUCCAAGAGACACAGACACACCAGGGGCGCCGUUCAGCACUACUUUUCAAGAAGCGCAUAUAUGACCAGUGGCCACAGUUUUCUCUUGUCUCCUUCCCUGUUUGUGAAUCUUGUUGGGAAGCACCACAAUUGUGCAUGGGAUGAUGGUUUUCAGGUGGCCAUGACAGGUCCACAGAAUCUCAGUGCGCAGGAAUGGACACCACAGGACCAACAACCUGAGGUAUCCUUUCUGCACAGACUGAAGUGCAGAGUAUCACUGCGGAUCUGCCAAGAGCUUGGUGGGGGUGGGGUUCUCUCACUUGCUGCUUUGCAUUCUAGCCUUUUAGAGCCGUUUGGUGGCACUUGGGGGACAAUCCCACUAGCAGUGUCCUGGACUAUUCCCCGAAAGUUGACAUUACGUAUUGUAAGUGUGGAAUGUGGCAGCCUCCCCUCAGACGGCACAGGACCCAAGAUGGCUGGGAGGUGGCCUUCACAUUCAUACAUAAUGCUAAGCCACAGAUGCCAAUGGGAUAACUUGGGCCCGGUACACUGUAUGUGGAUUGGGGCCCCUGCAUUCCUCCCUCUGUAAUCUAUUAGCAAGAACUGCUAGUUAUGCACAUAUAUUAAUUUAGCCUGGCCUACCUCACAGGGCUGUUGCAAACGGAAAGGGCAGGACAGAUGUACAUGACCUUGAGCUGUUGGAAGGAAAAUUCACAUGCAAAUACAUAAUGCCAUUCACAGAUUGUGUAAAGAAAAACAAACCUGUACAAUCCCAGAAAAGCAGCCCCCCUUGUUUUAAAUGCAACAUUUUAUAAUUCUGUUACCUACUGCAAGAUACGAAAACAAUAAUAAUAAUAAAAAAGUUGGCCAACCCUGACAAAUUGAUAA